AAGAAGGAAGCUUGAAUUAGAAACUUUCUGAAAAAGUGGGAAACAACAAUUCAGAAUCGAUCGGAGGGAGAGAGAUGGAGAGCGGUCUGAUAUCGGUGGACCGGUGGAGGAAAGGAAGUCAGGCUUACUUCUUGACCCAUUUGCACUCCGAUCACACUCGUGGCCUCUCCGGCGAGUGGUCGCAGGGUCCUCUCUACUGUUCCCGCACCACCGCCUCUCUGUUUCCUUCCCGAUUCCCCGGCUUCGACCUCUCAUUGCUUCGCGUCGUCCCACUCUCUUCAUGGCGAUCACUCUCCCUCCGCUCUCCUUCCUCCGGCUCCUCCGUACGCCUCCAUUUCAUGGCCAUCGACGCCCACCACUGUCCCGGGUCCGUGAUGUUCAUGUUCCGGGGAGAUUUCGGAUGUUUUCUCUACACGGGAGACUUCCGGUGGGAUUGUGAAGGUGAAGAUGGAGCAAGGACCACUCUCGUCUCUGCUAUUAAGGAAUUCCCCGUCGACAUUCUUUACUUGGACAACACCUAUUGCAAUCCCAUUUACUCUUUUCCUUCCCGUCAAGUCGCUGCACAUCUCGUUGCUGAUAUCAUCGCCUCUCAUCCUUGCCAUGAUAUCAUCAUAGGAAUCGACUCUUUGGGGAAGGAAGAUAUGCUCCUUCUUGUUUCCCGUUUACUCAAUAUCAAGAUUUGGGUUUGGCCUGAGCGUCUCCGUACCAUGCAUCUUCUUGGGUACCAAGACAUUUUCACAACUGAUACAUCUCUUACAAGGGUGCGUGCUGUUCCUCGUUAUAGCUUUAGCAUUCAGACGCUCGAGGGCCUGAAUAUGAUGUGCCCAACCAUCGGCAUCAUGCCUUCCGGUCUCCCAUGGCUUAAAAGACCUUCCAAUGGAGUCGGAGAUGGCAAACUCCUCUCUGGCUCCCUUCUUACUGCUUCAACCUUGCCUUGUCGGAAACAAUUACCUGCGGGGGUUCAUCAGUUCCAUGACUAUAUGUAUUCGGUACACUACUCUGAUCAUUCUUGCUACGAGGAGAUUGGAGAGUUCGUAAACCUUGUCAAGCCAAAGAGCAUGAAAGGAAUUGUGGUUUCAUCGGCUUGUUACGUUGAGCCUCUCUACUAUUUUGGGCGUAUCUGCCGAGUUAGCCAACCGCCAGAGUUGCUGCUUUUGAGGCCUGACACUGCCGAGCAAUUUCGAGCUGUUAGGAUCAAGUCAUUCUCUGGAAAUGACGAGACAAUAGAUAAGGAAAGAGAGAAACGGUUGAAGCGAGAUGGUUAUUCAAGUUUUAAGAGAAACAAGAAGAGAUCACGUAUACAAGUCAAGCGCGCAAAAAUUUCAGAGAUUGAUUAGCUUUAAUUGCCUGUUGGUACUGUCUAACAUGGACGACGAGGCUGCUUAUUUUGCUUGGAAGCUUACGUUGGUGUUUAUGUAAAUGUUCUAAUACUCUCUUUCCAUAGAACACAAUUAUUUUUCUUUGUUAGAGUCGUAGAGGUGCAAAUAUAUA